CAUCAAUUGAGUUAGGCGGGCUAUGUUUAAAGUUAACCUCUCCAAACUAUAACCAAUUUACUUGCAUUCUUCUACAUCAAUUAUUCUAGAAGUUGUUUGAAUCAAUAUGAAGUCAUGCAAACUAGGACUGGUUGCACCAGUUUUAAUGACCUACUAGGGCAAACUUCCCUUUUCAUUUCAACUUUAUCAUUAGGGGAAAGGAGUAGCCCAUGCUUUCAAGGCAAUGGCCACAAUGGUUGUGUACAAUUAAUACCUCCAAAUUCAUAUCCAACCACUUAUGUGUAAUACGGACCUGAAAAAUAAUUGCUAACAUUUUCAAGGUAAGAAAAUCACCUUCAGUCCCAUAUAAUUUAUUUAGAUACGUGUUUGGAUUUGUUGUUGCAACCAAAUCCCCGUUCAAAAAACAGAGAGAACACCCUCAUAAGUUAUUGUGGUAUAAACCAUCACUUGCGUACGCAGGGGGCAGAAAUGUUGUUCGACCGGUUGCAGCUUCCCUACAGCUGAACUUUAUCCUGUUUGACUUGGUAAACAUAGCUUAUUCGUUAUACCCAGGCAAAAAAGCUCUCGGCGCUAUAAUUGAGUUACACAUCGACCCAUUUCAGUUUACACUACGAUGCCGUUGAUUACCGACCAGAUUAAGGUUAAAAACGGUUUCACCUCCGUUCUCACCUGCUGUGUUGUGGUUGGUUUUGCCAAGAUGGUGUUUCCAGGUGCCGCUUUUGGCUCUUCGCUCUUCAUUUCUUCUGGCAGUUAACGAACUGAGUUUCUCAGUUGUCUACAUUUUAAAAGUUCACUUCUGGUGGGAGGUAGCCUACAUCGAAGUCAAUGCAUGCGUCCCGUAGGCUUCUUGUUCACUUUUAAUUACGCGUAAAAUAGACAUCAAGUCCGAGCCGGCGUUUUCAAGCAGUGAAUCCGCUGUGAGUAGGAGAGCGCAGGUGCGGCUGUAGCAUCCAGGAGACCAGUGCGACCAGUGCCAUGACGUUCUCCUGACUGUAGGGCGUCGAGGACAACAGUAUGUCGUGUUCAACUUCAUCGACAGGAACAGAAUGGAAAAUGUGUUUAGACGGAAGACAGCAGAAUAAAGCAGCAGGGACUUUCCUGUUGGCCGGACGUGAGGCUGACGUAGUGGAGCUGGAAAUUCCUGUUGUGCUCCUCAUCGGGAAACUAUCUUGUCAUCUUCAUCGUGGAACUAUCUGUCAUCCUCGGCUGUCACCGUCAUGGGAGCCUAGACCCCGGACAUAAGGAGUCCACAUCAGGGGGGGAUUGAGAUGAGGGGAUCUGAUGCCAUGCCAUGGUGAAGGCACAGUGGAUAGAUACCACAAUGGGGUCUAAAAGUAUUAUUUCACUAUCAGCGCGGUUCGUUGAUGGGGACACGUUUAUUCACAUGUGAUGCAUGAUUAAAUCGAUUGACAGUGGAACUUUCGCGCUCAUAAGUAUCACGUCAAUAAAUUAUUUUAAUUGCUAUAUCGAUUAAACAUUUCUGAGGGGUAAAUGUGCUUAUUGCCCCUCUAAAUUGAGGAAAUGAAACAUAGACUGCUCACAUUUAAAUAUGACCAUAUUCAAAUGUAGCUUUCUUUAUAUCUUUCUUGUAACCUGUACGCUAUUAUAAAUCCGAUGAAGGACUGCUUUCUUAAGUUUCGUGUCGAUAUAGCAGCGAGGCUGUCUAGUAGUUUCGCUUUCAUUUGGAGCAGAACCGUGAGUGUGUGACUGGGGGUUAUACCAGUGGCGUUAUUCUCCCACCUCUCCCACUCAGCCGCCCUCUGCAAUACUACAUGUAAAAACGUAACUGAACAAUCAUGGAAACUCUUUUGGAACUGAAAAAGAACCAGUUUCUGAUGGCCCUGUGUCGCAGCGGUCCUCCGCCUGAUCUGCAGUAUGACAACUCCUCAGAGCUCUUCCGCAUCUCCACGUUCGCCCGUUUCCCCGCCUCGGGCGUGACGGAGCGCAGCCUGGCGCGGGCGGGCUGGUACUACACGGGCGUGGGCAACAGGGUGCAGUGCUUCAGGUGCAACGUGACGGCGGAGGGCUGGCAAGCCGGGGACUGUCCUUCAGAGAAGCACCGGCAGCUCUCCCCCUCCUGCCCCUUCAUUCAAAGCCUGCCCUCCACGGCCAACCUGCUGUCCUCCUCCCACUCCGCCUUCUCCCCCCUGCGCAGCGCCCCCGUCCUGCCCCCGCUGUCGGCCCCUGGCCCUGCGGUCGUCCCAGCACCGGCCCUCCCGGCUCCCAGCAGCCAGGCAGAGGAGCCCGCCACCUACAUGAACAUCGGCUUCUCCGCUCCGCCCCCGUCCAGUCCGCUGGCGUCCCGCGGCGUGGAGGACAUGUCCCACCAGAGGCCGCCCGUGUGCCACAACCCCAGCAUGCGGCGAGAGCAGGAGCGCCUGGACUCCUUCCAGGCCUGGACGCUGUCCAUCAUCACCCCCGGAGAGCUGGCCAAGGCCGGCUUCUACUUCCUGGGUCAGGGCGACCGGGUGGCCUGCUUCAGCUGCGGGGGACAGCUGAGUAACUGGGUGCCGGGUGACCGCGCCGUGUCGGAGCACCAGAGACACUACCCCAACUGCCGCUUUGUCAGAGGGGACCGGGCCGACAACGUGUCCCUGGCUACCGCCGCGGCCCCAGGCCUCGGGGCCGCCGCGGCGGGGCCCUGGCAGCUCUCUGGGGCCGCGGCGGUGGUGGCCCCGGGCCUCAGUAACGUGUCGAACCCCGGCAUGCAACAGAACGAGGAGCGGCUGCUCACCUUCGUCAACUGGCCCUCGCGUAUCCCGGUGCGGCCCGAUCAGCUGGCCAAGGCCGGCUUCUACUAUGUGGGUCGUAAUGAUGACGUGAAAUGUUUCUGCUGUGAUGGCGGGCUUCGCUGCUGGGAGUCUGGAGAUGACCCCUGGGUAGAACACGCCAAGUGGUUUCCAAGGUGUGAGUAUCUUCUGCAGGAGAAGGGCCAGGAGUUUGUGCAUCAGAUCCAGGCCCGGUUCCCACGGCUCUUUGAGCAGCUUUUGACCAGCGGAGACAACACCUCCAGAGAGUUUGUGGACUCACCAGUGGUGCACGUGGGGCCGGGGGAGGAGCGCUCGGAGGACACGGUCAUGAUGAACACCCCGGUCAUCAAGUCGGCCCUGGAGAUGGGCUUUGAGCGUAGCCUGGUCAAACAGACGGUGCAGAGCAAGAUCCUGACCAGCGGGGAGAACUACAAGACCGUCCAGGAGCUGGUCUCGGACCUGCUGAGCGCCGAGGACCAGAAGAGGGAGGAGGAGCGCGAGAUGCUGGCUGAGGCCAUGGCCUCAGAUGGGUUCACGUUCCUCAAGAGGCACCAGACAGCGCUGGUCCAGCGGCUGAAGAGCGUCGAGUCUGUGCUGGAGCACCUGAGGGAGCAGAACGUGAUCACGGCGGAGGAAUAUGGGGGCGUCCAGGCCCUGCCUAGCGGCCCGCAGCAGACGGCCCGGCUCCUGGAGCUGGUCCUCAGUAAGGGGAACGCCGCCUCGGAGCUCUUCCGCAACUGGAUCCAGAAGAACGACGUGCUGCUGCUCAGAGACCUCAUGGCCCAGGCAAAUGAAGCUGUGUCACCAAGUCAGGAUCUCUCAGAGCUACCCAUGGAGGAGCAGCUGCGGAGGCUUCAGGAGGAGCGAACAUGCAAAGUGUGCAUGGAUAAAGAGGUGAACAUCGUGUUCAUCCCCUGCGGACACCUGGUGGUGUGCAAGGAGUGCGCUCCCUCGUUGAGGAAGUGUCCCAUCUGCAGAGGCCUGGUGAAGGGGACUGUCAGAACGUUCCUCUCUUGAAGGAGCGGCAGUGGGAACCAGGGCAGAGACUGAGGCUCCUGGGAUCCAUUGGUUUAGUCUUGCUGAUUUUUAUGAUUAGCAUGCGGUGCAUCUUGUAAAGCUACGAGUCAGUGUAUUAUGGGAGGGGGUUUCAAAAUAUUGCAUAUGCUGGGGACACGCUAACCUGGCUAUUACUAUUAGAGUAGCCUGGUGAUGAGUAAUUUGAGUAGAUCUAGUUACACUGAGUUACACACCGACGAUGCUGAGGGUUCAAUACUAAAGUGUGAUGUUGUGCCUAAUAAAAACCUGAAGAUUUCAACCUUUUUAAUCCAGUGCAUUGUACAGCAUAAUUUAGAUAAAAUAAUACCUUGCUUCACGUACAUAAAAAGCAUGAAGCAAUCUUAACACGUACAAUUACUCAAUUAUAUUUACUAAACGGUAAUUGCAGUGUAUGUGUAAGCUAACUUUCCCUUACAGCCCAUGAUUUAGAAAGUCCCUUAUGUAAAACAAAUGUUGACAAAUACCUAUUUUAAAUGUAAAAACCAACUGAAGAAAAUUCAUUAAUCUAGCAACCUUUUCACUUUACACAUGGCUACUUGAGAUCAUGGAAGAUAUCAUUUUGGGGGGGCACUACUGGCACAUUAGAGGGAGGGUUCAUUCAUUAAUUUGGCUGCAACAUGCAACCUCAUCUCUAGAUGCUAAAUACUGGACCUUUGAUGUCACUAUUGAUGCAAGUACACCUACCUAUAUAAAUAGUGGUUCAAGUACGCGUAUUUUAAACAAGAUGUGAAGGCCAAACCAAAGACCUUAUUUGUAGGAACUGCUAUCCUUCAAAGAGAGACCUGGUUUUCUGAAGUGAGGUGUAUGCCUUAGCUCCGUACAUUUUGUCAAAUUAAACAUGUUUGGUGUAGAAAACUUUUGUAUAACUUAUCGAAGAGGUCCCUGUGCUCAAAUUAGGUCAGGAAUUCUCCCUUGAAUCAGGACGGUGGUUGGGCACCAGUGAGAAUAGGCUAUCAUUUUUUUGAGCUAGAUGAAAUUGAAAAUGAAAUUCAUUUUAUAUCGUCAGUUUUAUCAUGAUUUGCGAUUAAGUUUAUUCAAGAAGGUCGAUGUAAAAGUUCAUCAUGUGUGAUGCUGAUGUUAGCUUGGCCGUUUCAAUGUAGAACUUUUGAUUGCUGACUUUGCUGUGUUUAUUUGGUGUUGAAGGAAAUGUAUUGUUUUUGAUUGUGUAUGUACUACACGCUUUGUGUAGUUAUAUCGGUGUCCUAUAAUCCUAUGUGGGACAUGACAGAACUAUAAAAUCAUUCAUUUAUGUAGGCGAGUUUAAAAUGUUCCAAUAUUAAAAGCACACCAAAACUUACAUUUGUAGUAUAACUAGACUGAUGCUUGAACGUAAUGCAAGAGUGAUAUUAUUGAACUAAAGUGUAUACUUCAGACCAUAUCGAUUUGAGAGCAAUAAAGCUGAAGUGAUUAUCAAUUUCAGGAAGCUAAAAUAAAAGUUUGUAUUUACAACCAUUUCUUCACUUUUUCUAAUACUACCAGACUUGGGAAUCACCAAAAUCUUAUUGCGUAAUUUCCAGACCAGCAGUAACCCAGAUAGACACAGUAAAUGAGGAUUGUAGAGCUGCGGUCUGAAAACCACCGGUGGUGUUUUGAACUCCCAAGUUCUGAAAGGCCCUAGUUCAAAUCAGUUACACCAACACCUUUAUGCGAGUGCAACACUGGUCCCCGUCGGGCCACAUGAAAUUGGCAUGUAGCCAGGUGGGAAAACCCUUAACCAACAACAUAUUGCACCCUUUAAGCACCCUUGUAAAUAGACAAAUGCAGAUUUGUUGUCCCUUACAUUGUAAUCCAUUGACGUGCAAGUUACUUCACGUUUGGUACAAAUUUUCCAAAUGCAAGUCACAUUUCAAAUACAAUUCACUCAAUGGACCCCAUUAUGAGUGGCAAUUUAAACACG